CUUUGAUCAUACAAUUUGCACUUCAUAUGUGAUCUUAUUGUAAUACACUUAAGUGUGUGCUACUGCUCAGCUGGAUCAUGUCUGCUGGAGACUCUUCUGCUUCAUACAUACACAUGGUGCAACACAUGAUUGAGAAGUGCUUGAUCUUCCACAUGAGUAAAGAGGAGUGCAUGGAAGCUCUCUCUAAGCAUGCAAACAUCAAGCCUGUCAUCACCUCCACUGUGUGGAAUGAAUUGGAGAAAGAAAACAAGGAAUUCUUCGAGUCCUACGCAGAAUCAAAAACCAAAGACGACCGUAUGUCCGAGGAAGAAACAAGUCAAAUGAUCCAGAAGAUGAUUGAUAAUGCAGGUUCCAGCAGCAGCAGCACCACCUCUAAAUGAAUAUUUUAUCUUCCUCUUAGGGUAUUGCUGUAGUAGUGUUAUGGUUGCCAUAUGUCGCUGUUGUUGGUCUUGAGAGAUCGAAGCAGCCAAAAUGCAUUAAGACAAGUAAAAUAUGCUCCAUUAAUUUGGUCGGGGUCCCUCUGGCCCCUACUCUACAAAACCAUCCAAAUGUAGUCUAUGCUAUCGCUGCCACCUCCACAUGUAUCAUAUUAUUUAUCACGUGACCCAUCACUCCUAAUGUAGUCUAUGAUAUAUAUAUAUUGGUGCGGUUAUGAAUA